AUGCGAUGCAUUUCCGUGGCAUUGCCCCCAUCUCCUUACCUGGAUUCAUCCCUCUGCUUGUAUCUAGCCUUGUUUGGACCUCCACCUCUUUUGAGUUUUCACCCCUUGAGUUACGCUCUUUGUCUCGUCUAUCUAAGGUUGACGGGUGCCUCACAUCUUUUGUUUGCAAGUGAUACUCUUCGCCCUAUGAUGAGGUGUAGUUCUAUUUUGCUUGGACUGCUCUUUAGUUUUUGGCCUCUAUUCUGGUUCUUGGCCAUAGCACUUAUCUUGCGUGCACAAGUUCUCCUAGCUCUAUUCAUGGAUCCAUUCUGA